CUGGCCCCACGUGACCAGGCCACGCAGCCGAGGGACAGGGCGGCCAUGGGGCUAGGGGCAAGCACCGAGCAGCCGGCGGGCGGCGAGGGUUUCCACCUGCAUGGGGUACAGGAGAACUCGCCAGCCCAGCAGGCGGGCCUGGAACCCUACUUUGACUUCAUUAUCACUAUCGGGCACUCAAGGCUGAGCAAGGAGAACGACACGCUGAAGGCGCUGCUGAAGGCAAACGUGGAGAAGCCGGUGAAGCUGGAGGUGUUCAGCAUGAAGACCAUGAAAGUGCGAGAGGUGCAGGUGGUGCCCAGCAACAUGUGGGGUGGCCAGGGCCUGCUGGGCGCCAGCGUGCGCUUCUGCAGCUUCCGCAGGGCCAGUGAGCACGUGUGGCAUGUGCUGGACGUGGAACCCUCUUCACCUGCUGCCUUGGCUGGCCUGUGCCCUUACACAGACUACGUAGUUGGCUCUGAUCAGGUUCUUCAGGAGUCGGAAGACUUCUUCACACUCAUAGAGUCCCAUGAGGGGAAGCCCCUGAAGCUAAUGGUGUAUAACUCCGAGUCCGACUCCUGCCGGGAGGUGACUGUGACGCCCAAUGCAGCUUGGGGUGGAGAGGGCAGUCUAGGGUGUGGUAUUGGCUACGGGUAUCUGCACCGGAUUCCAACGCAGCCCUCCAGCCAGUACAAGAAGCCUUCUGGUGCCUCACCGCCCGGCACUCCAUCAGUUAAUACCCCACAACUUAAUGCCUCGCCUCUUGGUGCCCCGCCACCUUGGCCUGUCCCUCAUGACUCUUCAGGCCACGAGUUGGGUUCCAGGCAGAGUGACUACAUGGAGGCCCUGCCACAAGUCCCUGGUAGCUUUGUGGAGGCGCAGCUCCUUGGGCCUGGGAGCCCUAGCCAUGGCUCUGCUGACUGUGGGGGAUGCCCACAUUCCAUGGAGAUACCUCUUCAGCCGCCACCUCCAGUGCAGCGGGUCAUGGACCCAGGCUUCCUGGAUGUGUCAGGCAUGUCUAUCCUGGACAGCAGCAAUUCCAGUGUGUGCCCCAGCCUGUCCCCUUCCACAGUGCCGACCUCCACAGCUGUCUCAGCCUCAGGCCCAGAGGACAUUGGUUCCAGCAGCAGUUCUCAUGAACGGGGUGGUGAAGCCACGUGGUCAGGGUCAGAGUUUGAGAUCUCCUUCCCAGACAGUCCAGGCACCCAGGUGGACCUCCUGCCCCGGCUGACUCUCCCUGACGGCCUCACCUCUGCAGCCUCACCCGAAGAAGGGCUGUCUGCAGAACUGCUGGAAGCACAGACUGAGGAGCCAGCAGACACAGACAGCUUGGAUUGCAGGGCAGAGCCUGAGGGGCCAGCUAGCCAAGCCUAGGUCGUCCCAGGUGCACAGCCUGGGCUGUGAGAAGGCUCCUGGGACAUCUGGUGUUGGUAGGUGUAGCUCUCUAGGCUGCAGCUUCUGGUGAGGCCCAGGCUUUGCUGGAUUCUGCUCCUAGGGUCCCAUCUUGCCCAUGAACAUAGUCCUGGACUGAAGGGGCAGAAACGCUGGAGCAGCACUCAGCUUCUGUUGAGGCAGAUGGAGUCUAGCCUUCGUCAGUGAGGGACU